UUCUUAUAGAUUUACGUUCUUUGUAGACACGAAUCCUGUAAAAUUUAUUGAGCUUAGAUUAAGUAAUAUGCAAUAUAAAAUGGAAGUGGAAGAAGGUGUACAUAUUUAUGACUCGCGAAUCUAUUCAUCAGAUUCGGAAAUCAGCGCUUUCGGUGAAAAAGUCCUACUUGCCUUAGCUCAACAUUUUUUGUUUAUAAUAUAGGAGUAAUUAAAGGUUUUCGUGCAAGCAAUUACCUUCAUUCGAAAGCGAGAAAUGGAAGCUGCUUUAGAAAUAAAAUAAACUUGUGUGUUAAUUUUAUCCAAAAAUUAUAAAAUCUAGCAUUUUAAGACUAAAGGAGAAGUGUAAGAGGUGGGUGUAAAGUGGGAGUCUCAUUGCUACCUACCAAUGAAAAAAAAAUUUAUAUUAGGUUAAGUUACUUAAAGUCUAGACUAACUCAACCUCAUAUAUGUGGCAUAUUUUUCUUCAAAUGCAAAAGUUAACUUGCCAAUAGUCAAGUUCCUCCUGUAGAGAAAACACUGUAGUGGCCGUUUGCUUACAUUCUGACAGCCAACCAUUCACAAUAGACGAAACAGCUGUCAACGAAGAAGAAGCAUAUGACAAAUUCGCCAGGCCGAUGGGUACACAAAAAUUUUCGCUGAUUGCACAAAUGUAUAAAAUUCGUUAGGAGGACUCAAUUAAAAAGCGUAGGAAUAAUUUUAAUUAUUAAAAGGUGAGAUUUAUCAACGAUCAACCAGCGCCAUGGCGGAGCAUACGUUCCUUGGCACUUGGGAGAUCGUGUCCUGCACCUUUGAACAUAAAGCGGAAAUUUCUGGAUUGGAAGGCAUUAAAUUUCGCCUGGAUGAUACGAAUGAUAUAACAUGGUAUAAUGAUUUGGUUAAUCCACUUCCAAAAUCAAAAGACUGCGGUACUUGCUGCGAUUCGGCAAGUGUCUUAUUUAGUUGUGAAACAUUCGAUGUGAACGAAACAAAUCCACGUUUAGUAUUCGGCGCCUUUGCUGGUCAUAGCAUAGAAUUUAGAACAAACACUUUAACACCGACUGAUACGCUUAUCUUGGACUGCGAAAGCUGGUAUACAUUAGAGUGCAAGCGGCUGAAGGAGUGCCACGCUGCCGGGCAAGAAAAAGAGUUCUCCUUCGCAGAGGCGCUGCAAGAGUCGUACUUCUCGGAUGUAAUCAUUAAAAGCUCUGAUGGCUUUGAUUUCCAUGCACACUCUUCCGUUUUACGCCUAAAUGGCUUCGACUGCAGCAUGUGUGUGCUGACGAACGAGUCGAUGUUGCCGCAGCCACCUACUGCUUGUAAAAACCACGACAUAUUGCAACCACAGCAGUACCAACAACCUCAUAAAGGCCAGGAUAGUGAGGGAGCUGGCACUUUACUUGGUGCGUCCAAUGCCAUCAAGAUUUCUGUGACGCUGCCCAUAUCAUGUUCUGAUAACAAUGACGAUAGCCAGAAAUCAUUGCCGCGUCUCAAUCUGUCGCCCAUAUAUCUGCAACCGCCCUGCGAAUAUUCAAAUGUUGGCAGCAACAGUGGCUUAAUAGCUCAUCGCAGUGGACAUUUGUCAAACUCUUUUAAUUGCCUCUCGAGUAGCGCCAACAACUAUGAUAAAAACGCGUCCAAUGCAGAAGGCGGAGGAAUGCGUCGUUUUCCACCCACUUCCAAUUCCGACUCUCAUCUCGAAACGCAAUCUCAUUGCAAAAAUAUAUUUAAUUUCUGUCAAGAUUUUUUGCUGCAACCCACAGAGCCAACUACUGUGUGUAAUACCAGACGCCCGCCUCUGUCACCAUAUCGCGCACGCAGCCCUUCGCCCUUUCCCAGCUCAAUGGAUACGCCGCCUUCUUCGCCUCUAACACCGGUGGGCGUUCUAUACAACUUGCCGACAUUUUUGUUGACGCCAGUGCUUCAUUGGUUAUACACUGAAUCCCUGAUGCCUGAUAUGGACGAAAAUGUUUGCGAGAAGCUGAUAAAUUUCGCGGAAACGCAACCUUCUCUCACAAAAAUGGUUGACCCAACUAGAAAGUAUUUGAAACUGAUACAGCUUAAGAAGUUUGUGAUUAAUACUCUAAUGGAUACUCAUUCUGUGCUCAACCACAUCAUACAAGCAAUCAAUCCUGUUACUAUAUCCCAUGAACCCGCCUCACUCUACGCAACAUUCAAAGACUGCCUCAAGGAAUCUGCAAUCGGGUGUGCGAAAGUAUUGCAAUUUUGUAACAUCUUUAUUCGAGAUGGCACAGAUAUAACGCGCUACCAAAAAAAUGAGAUCAUCAAAUAUGUGCGCACACGAAUUCCGAUUUUUAUGUCACAAAUACAUCAACUCUUGCGUAAUAUUUUGAACGUUUUUAUUGGUUUAACUACAGAGGAGAAAGCAGAGUUGGUAAAUUAUUUAGUACCUGAAAUCGAAUCCGCAUUGGUGAUACUAACUGAUGUCGUCGAGGAAAUUAAAAAUUCCUUAGAAAAAAUGUGUAAAGAUAUAAAUUGUUCACAUUUGGAUUUGUCGGUGAGACAGCUGUCUGACAAUUCAAUUGCAACACAAACUCAAAACAUCGCUUUUAUCAGCGCCAAUGUAGUGUUGGAAGAUAACGCAGCUCCGCUGUUUAGUCCACCUCCUAUAUCGCCCAGGCUUAGGCGUGGUCCCCCAGUGGGACUAACUCUUUACGAUAAUCCAACAGAUAAUAAGCGCCUCAUGACUGCAGAAAAUGAUCUUAAAUUCGUAUUGUAUAUGUAUGAGGUCCGAAAGAUGCGUGAUAUAUAUGGUCGAAUCGCAACGGCUUUGGAGAUUAUUAGGGACAAAAAAAAUUCAUUCUGCGAAAUGGAUUACUUAAGUAAAAGGAGCACUAUAAAUCAAAAUCUGGAACAGUUAAUUAUAGAUAUACCGGCAUACAUUUUGAUAAUGGAAAACCUCUCAGACCGAGUUGACGAGAAAUUGGGCUGGAAGGAGUUUAAAUUUUGCUUCAAAUUGGCCACAAGUCAAAUUAAUGGCGUGAUUGUUAAGCUUUUUGAUCAUAAGUCUGCGCUGCGCGACUCUAUCAGCAACGUGUGUAAGCUGGUACAGAAAAACGAAUUUACUCAAUCACUUAUAGAGCUUGGGCUUUUAGAGCCUUCCAAUAUUUUUGAACACGAACUAAAGCUAGCGGAAAAUGACAACAUCAUGGAAAAUGUGACUGAUGAAUUGACAUUGGAGAAUUGUCGCUCGUAUGACUAUAAAAAUGUAAAGCUAAACUUGACAAAACACUUAUGUGAGCCACCCAUUGCCGCCAAUAGUAAUUUAUCAAAGAAUGCCUUACGUCUAUUGCACUCAGCUCAGCUUGCGGAUAUGGAAUUUGAGGUUCAUACUUAUUCGUCAAGCAACGCACAGCUGCCUGGCAUAACAAUAUUGCACAAGGAUGACAUUGAGGUGACACAAGUGCAUACACAGUUGCAAACACCGCAUUCGGUGCAACUUCAACGACCACCAACGCAAGUACACACAUUCCGUGCACAUCGAGUGAUUGUAUCGUCGCGUUGUGAAUGGUUCAAAAAAGCCCUUCUUUCCGGUAUGCAAGAAAGCAUAAAGAGAAAAAUCAUCAUAACCGAUACUACGCCAGUGAUAUUUCGGCGCUUAUUGCUGUAUAUUUAUGGCGCACCUAUAGAUAAAACUGUGGGAGCUGAACAAAUUUGUGAAUUAAUGCUACUAUCUGAUCGCUACUCAGUUUUUGACUUGAAGGAAUUAUGCGAAAAUACUCUAAACUCGCUGAUAGAUGAAGAAUCGGUGCUUUGUCUGCUGGGUAUCGCCGAUCGCUACAUGGCCACUGCGUUGAAGUCGAAUUGCUUAUCGUUCCUAUCACAGCACGCGAAUCUGACAAAAAACGAAAUGUUCAAAGAGUUACCACAAGCUCUUCAGUUAGAAGUGAUGGAUUUGGUGCAUUGGUAUGGACGCGUUUCUGAACCUUGGGCCGAUGGUUUUAAGUCACGAAGCGGUUCACGUCACAGUCUGAAGAGUCCUUCAAAGCCACGUUCUAGGUCCCGCAAAUCGUCGCCCUCUUACAUGUGACGAUGACUGCGGCGUACAUAUAUGUAAAUAGCGUUUGCUGCUGAAGUGACAUUAGAAACAAGCAACUGGGAUUGAGUUUCAGGAUUAGAAAAAAUCAAUGGAGUAAAUGAGUAUCGCUUACCUAUGGUGGUAUUUUAAACUAACAUCCGAGAGUCGUAAAAACAAAAAAAAAAAAUAAUUUACAAAAAUUUCUAGUUUUAAUUGAUACUCGAUGUUGGUACCUAUAUACAUAUCUGUUUUAAGAGCGACCACAUACCUUUUUUCUAACGCUUACAAGUGAAAAUCCGUUUUUCAGCUAUGCAUGUAUGUAUGUUAAGCACAAUAGCUUUUCAUCAUAUAAUUUUUUCCAUAAAAUGUUUUACACGCUUAUUUUUUAUCUAAGUGACCAAACCAGUAUUCAGGUGUAUUUGAAUAUUUAUUGUGAUUUAUGUUAAUACGCUUUGCAAUAUUAAUUUAUUAACAAUUAGGGUGGUUUAAAUUUUCAACUAUUGUAGUAAAUCUAUAGUACUCAUACAUAUCCUUGUUAUUAUUGUACAUUUGCUAUACUAUAUGUAUACACACAUACAAAUUAUAUUAUCUGAGAGAACUUUAACUGUGUUGAAAUAAAGUAUUAUAAGCGAUUAAUUUAGAAAAAUUUACCAUUUUGAAAAUGUUUAGAUAACGUGUUGUGCUAAAUGUAAAUGGGGUUUAAAAUGUAAUUGGUGGGGAACAAACAUAUUUUUAUUAUGCAAAUUUUCAAGCUAUUUAACCUUAAAGAAACUCGUAUUUACAUGUAUUUUCUAGUUGAAAUUUAAAGCUAAACUAUAAGCAAUGCAAACACAAAACAAUUCAAAGAAAUUACAAAAGCAAUGGCCUGGCAGAGUAAAAAGUGAAAACGACUCAAAAUUGAAGACAAUGCCAAGGCAUCCUCAUAGAAAUCUAUCUGCAAUAAACUGGAUUGAAAAUGAUUGAUUGUAAUUUUAAAAAGAUAUUAUAACUGAAUAGGUGAUGUACUCAUUAUUAUAUUGUUUAAUAUUAACUAAAUAUGUUUAUUGUUGUAUUUUAAUUCUUUAAAAAAGAUAAAUGAAUUGUCAAAAUAAA